ACCGUAUUCUACUUCAAUACUCUUGAAAAUUUUCACAAAUAACCAACGAUGUUCGCAAGGAAAGUAUCAACAAAAACGUCAGGACAGCGUUAUGUCAAAGAUGCAAAACACAUUUGUACUGUGAUUGCUAUGCCUAAAUUCUCUUCAAAACGUUUUUUUUUUUGUAAAUCAAUGCCCCAAGUUUUUUGAUUAUAAUCCGAUUCCAUCUCAUAUCAAAGAAGUUACUCGCUCUAAUUGCAAUUUUUGUCGUUAUGACAUCACACUGUUACCGCUAUCGGGUCAAACGGCACGACCUUUCCGCAUUCCACGGUUCUAACCUUAAUCUUUUUUUGCGUCUAAUAAAAUAUGUUAAAGUUUACCACCCGCAUUGGAAAUGAAGACGCACAGGUACUCGCCCCAUAGCGACAAGCCGUUUUUUUUUCUUUUUUUUUUUCAGGACGACUUUGAAUUUAGGAGCAAGCCUUUCGCCGCGGGUCCCGUCUACUUGUCCCGCAUCGACAGUUUCGAAAAAUUGACUCGCGGGGAAGACGUUAAGUCCGUUUACAUGCUAAACCUUUGCACCAAGGAUGUCGAUUGCGAAUUUUUGCCUGGAGAUACCUUGGCGAUUCUCCCUAGAAACGACGAGAACGAGGUCGAUAGUUUGCUUUUUCGUUUAAACGUCGAUUCGGUAUCCGAUAAUAGAUAUUGCUUGGUAGACGAUUGCGAGAAACCAUUCAAUAUUCCGAAGCAUGUUCCUCGUGAGGGUACUCUGAGAAAUGUCUUUAUGAGCCAUAUAAACAUACGAAGCAUGCUGAAAAAGGUGUUUUUGAAAAAGUUGUUAUUUUACACCACCGAUUGCGAGGAGCGCCGCGUGCUUGAGGAUUGCGCCUCAGCGAAUUCCAAGCAAUAUGAGCUGUUGAUUUCCGAAUGCCCAACUCUGCUACACAUCUUGGACCGUUUUCCGUCUUGCUCACCUCCCAUAGAGUUGAUUUUACACUACUCCUCUCCCUUACUGCCCAGAUACUUUUCCAUCGCCUCAUCUCCAUUACAAAAGGACACACUCAGCAUAAUAUUUUCCGUGGUUGAGUUUGAAAAUAGUCUUAAGGGCGUCUGCACCGGCUGGCUUGAGAAAUUACUAAAUGUUCAACAAUCAAAGGUGCCGUUUUACUUUCGUAAGCCGACGGGGUUUCGAAUGGACAGCCCCGAAGAAUCUCGGGUACUGAUAGCGGCGGGAACGGGCAUCGCCCCUUUUUUGGGCUUUUUGCGCCACAAAUCUUUGCUGGAAAAGCCGAAAAAAUUAGGCGGCACCUACUUGUACUACGGGUGUCGGUACAAAGAAGGGGAUUUUUUAUGUGCUGAAGAACUGCGGAAAUACGUCAGCAAUGGUAUCCUCGCGGCUCUGUACCCCGCGUUUUCGAGGGAAUCCACGUCGAAGUGUUACGUUCAAAACGAACUAUCGAAAGGACGCGACAUGCUCGUCGAUCUGAUUUUAAACGACGGGGCCCUCGUUUACGUGUGCGGCAACAAAAGCGUCGCCAAAGACGUGAAGGAAACCCUAGUCGAGUGUUUCGCGGAACAUUUGCGCGUCGACGUUGCCGACGCGGCAAAAAUAAUCGGCUCGUUAAUUAAAGAAAAAAAAUACCUCGUAGAUACUUGGUUGUGAACGAAUAAAUAAAUUAAUUUGUAUUCUUG